AUGGACUCCCCCAUUGUGGCCCAGCUCUUCCGCCAGCUAUUUCGACAUCCGGCCUGUCCUUUCAGGAGGAAUCUUGCUGCAUUGUCGUCUUGCCUCCACCAUGGCCGAAGAAUACAGCGGUGCGAGCAUCAGCAGAGGCGGCACAUGGCCAGCCGGAGUACGGUUAGAGGAGCUAAAAAAGGGUUGUCUGAGAAGGAGAGCCAUUGGCAACAAAGGACGGAGUUAUUCCCUGAGGAUAUGUCGGAGGAAUAUAAGACGUAUCCCACGGUGACGGCGAAUGACCUAAGGUCACGAAGGGAACGCCCACGGAAAGUUAAGAUGCUCAUGCGCGACUUCAUAGAAGAUAGCUUAUACAACCCCCACUACGGCUAUUUCUCUAAGCAAGUCGUUAUCUUCAGCCCCGGAGAGCCCUUCGACUUCAACUCUUUGCGCGACGAGCCUACCUUCCACGAUGAACUAGGACGGAGGUAUACAGAAUUCGAAGACGCCCUGGAUAAAAGUGAGGGCCGCCCUGACGACACCCGCCAGCUCUGGCACACCCCCACCGAACUAUUCCGCCCUUAUUACGGUGAGGCUAUAGCUCGCUACCUCCUAUCCAACUACUUGAUGACGACAUACCCUUACCAUGACCUCAUCAUCUACGAGAUGGGCGCCGGCCGCGGCACUCUUAUGCUCAACAUCCUCGACUACAUCCGGGACAUCGAGCCCACCGUCUACGACCGCACCAAGUACAAGAUCAUCGAGAUCUCGUCGUCCUUAGCCGCCCUCCAGAACUCGCAACUCCUCGCCACAGCCGCUUCCCGCGGACACGCCAGCAAAGUCGAGAUUAUCAACAAAUCCAUUUUCGACUGGGACGCCCGUGUGCCGUCCCCCUGUUUUUUCUUAGCUAUGGAGGUCUUCGACAACUUCGCCCACGACGUCCUGCGGUACGACAUGCGGACCGAGGAGCCCCUCCAGGGAACUGUAUUGAUCGAUGGUCACGGCGAUUUCUACGAGUUCUACGAGCCAGUGCUCGACCCUGUCGCAGCUCGUUUCCUACGCGUGCGGCACGCCGCAACAGGAGGUCGGUACCGUGUUCCGUACCCCACAAAUCGCAGUGCCCGCUGGCUCAAGACGCAACUACCGCUCGCUCCCAACCUCAGCGACCCGGAGUACAUCCCCACACGCCUAAUGCAAUUCUUCGACAUUCUAGAGCGCGCAUUCCCCGCACACCGGCUAGUAACGAGCGAUUUCCACACCCUACCCGACGCAGUGCGCGGGCUCAACGCGCCGGUAGUACAGACGCGGUACCAGCGCCGCAUGGUUCCCGUGUCGACGCCGCUGGUGCACCAGGGGUAUUUCGAUAUAUUAUUCCCAACGGACUUCCACGUUAUGGAGGCCGUAUACCGCGCUUUGACGGGGAAGCUAACGCGGGUUAUGGGGCACGAGGCGUUUAUGCGGUCGUGGGCGUAUGUGGAGGAUACGAGAACGCACAGCGGAGAGAAUCCGUUGUUAAGUUGGUAUCGGAAUGCUAGUGUUAUGGUCACGGUGUGA